GUCCGCCUGUGAGACCACCGACGAGCGACUCAGGCAUAUACAACUUCGUCGAGUCUCCAUGGUUUUGAGACUUUGAUCGACACACAUGAUCCAAUAAGCUAUACUAUGCUCAUAUUGGCUUGAAUCUACUUCGCACGAUGCGGCAGAUAUCAACGUUUCUUGCGACCUGCCUAGCUGCAGUCGCAGCUGCAUCUGAUGGAAGCAUUACCAUCUUCGAUUCUGCACACUCCAACCAACAACCUCACGCGGCCGUCCACGAAGAUGCUGCCAAAUUACUGUUGCAGCAAAGAAUGGUAUCGACUGGAUCCAUAGCCAGUGCAGCUCUUGAAGAACCGGUCCUAGAGCUGCUAAACAGCUAUGGAGUGCAAAACGCUCUAUUCGAUGAGACACCGCGCAAUAGCCAGCAGAAGCUGGUUGUCGUAAUAGACGGGUUGAAAAAAGAUGCCACUGCCAUCAAACCCAAAACUCCUGCCAUCACCUUCCCAAUUUCUCGAGUUUCCUCGGAUUUCAUGGACAACGAUAUGAUUGAGAGCUUACUCACCUCUCACGAAAACUCCGCGUCUGGUCCGAUACAAUGUCUGUAUGAGGCAGCGGCCAGUCCGGAACUGCAGGCAUCGAACAGCUACGGACUUCAGAGCUGCAUGCCCCAUCGAUACAUCUCAGGAAAUGGCAUAACAACCUCACAGAAGGAAUUUUUCGAUAGUCUCCCAUUGUCCUUGCUGGAAGCCCAGUCCAACAGUGAUGACAGCAAGGGAGUACUGAGACUGACAUUCAAAGAAAAUACGAUAACAUCAUCAAUGGCUGUCCAGCUCCUAGAUUCCCUUCAUGAACUUUUCAAUGCUCCCGAACAGACCUUCGUACUCCUACCCCACGCAAACUCGAAAACCUCUCAAGGCCAACCACGAGGAAUACGCUCCCCAGUUUUUGAGUAUACCAAAAGGUCCCCAAAGAAUGCCGUACCUUCGACAUUUGCUCCUGUCUGCUACAAGUCGAACAAUUCAUGUGUUGCUGGCACCGACAACUGCUCUGGUCACGGUACAUGUUCUCUCAAAUCAACAUCAAAAGACGAUGGGUGCUAUACAUGCAAAUGCAAGCAGACACAGGUGGAAAAUGCUGGUGGAAGUGUCCGUACCGUCUCAUGGGGAGGCUCAGCAUGCCAGAAGGAAGACAUCAGCGUACCAUUCUUCCUACUUGCUUCCAUCACAGUCCUUGCCAUCCUGGCAAUUGGUGCCGGUAUCAGCAUGUUAUUUAGCGUCGGUCAACAAGAGCUGCCUAGUGUCAUCAAUGCUGGUGUCAGCUCUGUAAAAACCACUGGCUAGAUUAGUUAUGCCGAUAAACACUUUCAGUCAUGCGUGGCAAAUUAAUGCAUAUUUGAUUUGGCUGCAAAUUUUACGAGGAACACUACUAUAUGCUUCUUACCAUGUUAUUUUAUUAUAUUGUUAGGAAUCCCAAUAAAUCGCUAAACUUAAUUGGAAAA